CAUGGAAGACGAGAUGCCGAAGACGCUGUAUGUGGGGAACCUGUCGAGAGAUGUUACUGAGGCCCUAAUUCUCCAGCUGUUCAGUCAGAUUGGACCGUGCAAAAAUUGCAAAAUGAUAAUGGAUACAGCUGGAAACGAUCCGUACUGUUUUGUGGAAUUCUAUGAGCAUCGUCACGCAGCCGCAGCUUUAGCGGCAAUGAAUGGGCGGAAGAUAAUGGGUAAGGAGGUCAAAGUGAACUGGGCAACAACCCCCAGCAGCCAGAAGAAAGAUACCAGCAGUAGUACCGUUGUCAACACACUGCGUUCACAAGACCACUUCCAUGUGUUUGUUGGAGACCUCAGCCCAGAAAUUACAACUGAAGAUAUAAAAGCAGCUUUUGCACCAUUUGGAAGAAUAUCGGAUGCCCGAGUUGUUAAGGACAUGGCAACAGGAAAAUCAAAAGGAUAUGGCUUUGUUUCUUUUUUCAAUAAAUGGGAUGCAGAAAAUGCAAUUCAACAAAUGGGGGGACAGUGGCUUGGUGGAAGACAAAUCAGGACUAAUUGGGCAACACGCAAACCUCCAGCUCCAAAGAGUACAUAUGAAUCAAAUGCCAAACAGCUCUCCUACGAUGAUGUUGUAAAUCAGUCCAGUCCAAGUAACUGCACUGUGUAUUGUGGUGGUGUAACUUCAGGUCUGACAGAACAGCUGAUGCGCCAGACAUUUUCUCCAUUUGGGCAGAUAAUGGAAAUUCGAGUCUUUCCAGAUAAAGGGUACUCCUUUGUACGGUUCAAUUCUCAUGAAAGUGCUGCACAUGCGAUUGUUUCGGUCAAUGGCACAACAAUAGAAGGGCAUGUGGUGAAAUGCUAUUGGGGCAAGGAGACACCAGACAUGAUCAACCCAAUUCAACAGCAGAAUCAAGUGGGGUAUCCGCCUCCUUACGGGCAGUGGGGCCAGUGGUAUGGAAGCGCCCAGCAGAUUGGCCAGUAUAUGCCUAAUGGCUGGCAAGUCCCUGCAUAUGGGAUGUAUGGGCAGGCGUGGAACCAGGGGUUCAGUCAGACACAGUCAUCUGCAGCAUGGAUGGGUGCAAAUUAUGGUGUACCACCCCCUCCACCGCCCCCACCACCACCACCCCAGGGGCAAAAUGGAAGUGUCCUAACUAGUCAAACUGGAUAUCGGAUGGCAGGUUUUGAAACACAGUGAGAGACAGAGAAGGACUCUGGAAUAGAACACCUGUGGCUUUGAGGCUGUAUGGAGCAUUGUAAAAUCCUUUGUUUACUUAAAAAAAAUCUAUCCAAUCAAGUCAGUGCAAAAGUCAAACAGUAUUUAUUUUUAAUCAUGAAACGUUGUUGUUGUCCACGCUUUUUUUUAAAGACACACAGGAAAUACUAGAUGCUGGAUAUCUGCCAACUUUUGCCUUCUUUUCCUCUUUUGAGAUGUGUUUCUUAAGAUCCAUGUUUGAAACACAACUAAUGCAGGGAUUUCUGCCACUUUUAGUAUAGCGGCAGGAAAUUGCACAAUAUCAGACUUUUUUUUCCACUGAAGUAGUAUGCAGUCUAGUUUGCAUUCCUAGUAUGACUUAAAUGUACAUGAAAGAAGUUAUACGAGAGAAAAAAGACACGCCAAAACUGUGUGAAUUCUGGGGGUUUAUUGAAAUCUUCAGUUUGUGCACAAUUCUGUUUUAAAGAGAGCCUGAUGUAUAAAGUGUCCAUCUCCUUGCUUUUGUUAUACUGGGAUUUCAAAUAUAACUUAUUCGUUUACAUUAUUUUGUACCUAAACAUUUUUCGGAAAAUGGUUUUUGCCUUACUAUCACUAUUAAAUUAUGAAGUAGGAGUCAGGAUGUGGGCAAGCGCCUCGUGCUCAGAGAAUCCAGCUCUGGGGCUCGGUGUCAGGCUGUCCCUGUUCAUUGACUCAGUGACCUCCUUCACGGAUGAACAUAAGCCCAGUUCAGAUCUUAUUAAAAUGUGACACGAUCUUAGGAGCCAGCUUUUUAAAACCUGUCCGUUUUUACAUUUACAUAUAUCCUUUAUCAUGUAAACUAUUUUAGCAAAUUAAUAUUUUCACAAAAGUCGCUCAGCUUUUGUAUGUCUCCUUUGAAAGAGUAAGAGACAGGAAGAACUACAUGACUUAUGGCUAUAAUUUAAGCUUUGACUUUUGCAUGUGAAUAUCUAAUACACUGUUAGACUUUGAAUAAACAGUCAUGCUCUCGUUUUUCAGAGAUAGAGAGAAUACAUUGGUCUUGGCAGCUUUUUACUGACGUGGAGCAAGUCUGACUUGAUUUAGCAUGUACAGAUAGAGCUGUUAAACUAUAUAGCGUUGUGUCUUAUCAAGCCAGGAGUAAAAGGAGUGCUUCAGCUGAAGCCUGAAGGACCAACUGGAUAAAGCAUUUUUGAAUUGUUCAGAGGCCAAAUAAUAAUAAUAAUAAUAAAUAAAUAAUAGCGUUUUCCUACCUCCUUGGCUAGUUUUCAGAUGAUGCAGAAGGAACGCUACUCUGGGUGUAGUGAUUAUCUAUCCCAAUUAACAUCUGGGCACGUGGAGAUGUUUGCUUUCCAUUUUGCUUUGGUUGUAGUGGAGCAACCGUUUGAGAAGUUGCCGGUAUGCACAAUACAGCGACCAGCCACCCUCAUUUGAUGGAACAAAAGGGGCCAGAACCAAAGCAGAGGGUUGGCUGCUAGGAAAACAAAUUGUCUUGUAGACAGGUCCUGGCCCUAACAUUUUAUAAAUAAAGCAUCCCCAAAAGAUGCCAUUGAAUUUGUAGAUUAAUUUCACUCACGUCUGCUUUAACAUUUGUAUAAACCUAUCUUUUUUCUGCUUACUAUCUCUGUCUGCACAAUUCUUUUAAAAGAGAAAUGUGAACAGGUGUGAGGUGAGCCUAGUGCCAUUUGGGGAGUUUUCGUUGUAUAUAUUUUCAAUAGCAGAAUUGAGUACAGAUUUCUUUCGCAGAAGCCAGCAAAGAUCCCACAGCCAGCAAACCAAGAAAGUUUCAACAUCUUGACAAUAUUUGUUAUUGUCCCCGAGUAAGUUGAGUUGAGUAACACAAGCUUUAAUGCAUUUCAACAAUAUGUAAAUAUUUGAAAGGGUAAGGCAAAAAAAGAUUUUCAGUAUUUUUUAAAAGUUGUAUUACGGCUUCAGUCUGACAAUACUAUGAAAGCAAUGGAUUGCCCUGUUGGUUUCCUGGGAGGAGACCCUUCCCUGCUGAGCCUCCGUGAACCAGACCCGAUUUUGCGUCCCAUUAGUGGAAGCUUUUUAAGGGCCACUGUUGCUGCAGCCAGGGUGUGACACGGGCCCUAAGGAAAAAGGAGGGACUGUUUCUUCCUCUUCCUCUCCCCCAGCUUCUCUCUCAUUCAGGCAUCAGCUUUCUUACUCUCUCAGAUGUGCAAACAGGAUCUAACAGUCUUCGGGCAACAGGAGAAAAUGCUGCCUGGGUGUGUUGUUUUUUUUAAGUAGCAGCCCGUUUUUUUUAUUUCUGUAUGAACUUUGGAAGCUUCAUUUAAACGAAUGUGUUUUGAUACUUAUGUACAGAAGUUGAAGAACUUCACUCCAGAAGCCCUGACUUUUGAAAGCCAUUAAGAUGUUAAUAAAAGAUGUGAGCUCGCA